AUGCCCACGGCCAUGGUCAUCUCCAACGACAUUAUGGCCUACAUUUUCGGCAUGAUGUUGGGCAGGACGCCGCUCAUAAAGCUGUCGCCCAAAAAGACCUGGGAGGGCUUCAUCGGUGGGGGUAUCGCCUCCCUGCUCCUGGGCAUCGUCUUCUCUCUGACUGUCAUUGAUAAUAAGCACUUCAUCUGCCCCAUCGAGUACGACGACACGCUGGGCGCCCUUUCCAUGGACUGUGUACCCGAUGCUAUCUUCAUUCCGCGUACCUACAAUGUCUCCAAGUGGUUGGUAGGUCUCCUUUCCCAAAUAUCCGUUUGUGGAUCGUCUUGCUCUCCUUUUAUUUGA